AUGCCCACCAUUCAGGGCUGCUGUGAGUGCCAAACAAGGCAAUGCAGAUGCUCUCUGAUGCCUUCUUUCUUUGAGUCUGUUUUUUUUUCCUCAGUAGCUUCCUUGCUGGCCACCUCUCAGGUCCCUCUAGAGACCUAUGUACCCUCAACCUCAGGGGACAUCCCAUCAGAAUCUCUGUCAGAAGAAAGGAAUGAGAGUAGGCAGAAAAGAAAGAGGAAGGAGUGGUCAGUCAUUGAGUCAACAGAAACAAAGCUUGUUCUGAAAAGGAGGAAAAUUGCUGACUUCCGCCCAGAAGACUUGGACGCUUUCUUCAGGCUUCUGGAAGACCCAGUCAUUAGGAAAUUCUUGGACUCCGACAGCCAUUUUAAAGUAGCUGAUAAGUACCUGCUCUCCAUAGUUGUAGAAUACUUCGGCCGAGUCAGACUGCCUGCUUACACCUAUAACCGGAUCCACUUUUUUGUGGCGCUAUUCAUUGCCAAUCAAAUUGAGGAGGAUGACAUGAAAUCUAAGUUCAAUAUGAUGCCUGUCCUUUUUGGAAAGAGACUGUGGCGUAAUCUCUAUUAUGACUUCCGGCGGGUACAGAGACAAUUCAUUGUCGCAAUGAACUGGAGAGUUCUCGUCACUCGCCAGAUUUGUGAUGAAAUCCAAGCCCAGGCCCCUGCACACUGGGUCUGGGACAGGGACCGAGACCUCCUCACUUAAACUCCAGCUUUAGGAGGGUGGGAUGGAAGGAAUAGAAUGGAUGAUACCAACAUUCCAACAAACCCAGGAUGGGAACAAACUGAAGAUCAACUGGCUAACCUACCAAAGACAACUUAUGUGUGAUUU